UUAGGUUAUAUUAUAUCUCAGUGAUCAUUGGCACUUUGGAUUGUAGUGACGUCCGUCGAAUUUUCAAAAAGAUGAAGAUCUUAAUAAUUCUAACGAUUGCGGCCGUGACAUCGGCAGAUAAGCGAUGUCACGGCAUAGAUGUUGCCAAUAGAUAUUACAAUUUGUACAUUAUCAAAGACGGAAUAAACAAUAUACAUGAUUUGGUUCUAAAUCGUAACGACAAUACAGCAUUUUUUACAUUCGAUGACAUAUCUAAAACACCAAGAAGACUAUUGGGUCAUUUAAAUACAGAAACAGGUACAGCCACUGUUAUUCAAGGUGUACGUAACGCAACAGCCAUUGCAAUUGAUAAUUUCAACGGUAAAAUAUACGUCGGUGGAUCAGACGGUCUCUAUAAGAUAAACGAAAUGAAAGUAGCUGAGAAACUGCCCAUACAAGACGACAUUAAAUCGAUGCAUUUCAAAGAUAAUUUAUACUUUAUCAACCGUAGAAGAGAAGCUUACAAAUUUGAAGAUGGCUUCGCGACACUGGUUCCCGAGCUACGUGGUGUUGAAGUCGAUAGCUUGGUUUUUGAUGACGAUAAUAAUAUAUUCUUCACACAGAAUAGUAAAUUGUUCAGAAUAAAACUAAACACCCGAGCUAUAAACACACACGAAAGUUAUUUAACAAAUGCCAUAGCAACUGAUUCGUAUUCCAGAGUUUAUAUUUGUACGAGCAACGGUCUGUUCGUGUAUAAUAAAUACAAAUAUGUUUUCGAUAAAAUUGCUAAUUUGAAUAAUCUUAAAGCGAUUACAUUUAACAAAAAGAAUGAGCCGGUAUACGCUGCAGCUGAUUACAUCGUUAAGCUAAGUUUAAGUGAUAUUGGUUGUUUUGAGGAUUAAUAAAUAUUGUACUUAACACAGA